UGUCUGGCUCUGACAGCUCACUUCCGAUCAAUUCUCCUGGAUUAAUUGAAGGAACGAUGCUAAUCAUUUCCACUGGGCUAAUUUGGAGGCUAUUUUAGUAUCUGUUGUAACGUAAACUAGAGGGACGAUUGUCUGAGACCGAGGCUGUCUUUUCUAUAUAUCUAAAUAUCUAAAUAUCUAUCUAGAACUUCUCAAGAUGAAGGACCGACUGGCGCAGCUGAAGGAGAAGAGUGAUGCUGGAGGAGAUGACAUUGAGGUCCCCAUGGAGAAUGAGGCUUUUAUGGAUGACUUUUUUGCACAGAUUGAAGAUAUCCGUACCAGCAUUGACAAGAUUGAUGAGAGUGUCAUAGAAAUCAAAAAACUCUACUCCACCAUCUUGUCAGCCCCUACAUCGGACCAGAAAACACAAGAUGAUGUUGAAGCCCUCACCAAUGAUAUCAAGAAGUCGGCCAACAAUGCAAGAAACAAACUUAAGAGUAUUGAACGCCAUCUUGAGUCAAACACAGAUGAGAGAGCCUCAGCUGACCUCAGGAUACGCAAAUCACAGCAUGCUAUCCUGGCCAAAAAGUUUGUGGAGGUGAUGACAAAAUACAACGAGGCUCAAGUUGACUUCAGAGAUAAGAGCAAAGGACGGAUUGCCCGACAGCUGGAAAUCACGGGGAAAGCAACGACUGACGAGGAGCUGGAAGAGAUGCUGGAGGGAGGCAACUCAGCUGUCUUCACUGCUGGAAUUAUGGACUCUAAGAUCAACCAGCAGGCACUGAAUGAGAUUGAAGCUCGUCACAAAGACAUUAUGAGGCUGGAAAGCAGCAUCAAAGAGCUCCAUGACAUGUUUGUCGAUAUUGCCAUGCUGGUUGAGAAUCAGGGUGGUAUGAUAGACAGAAUUGAGAGCAACAUGGACCAGUCAGUGGGCUUUGUGGAGAGGGCAGUAGCUGACACUAAAAAGGCAGCCAAAUUCCAGCAGGAGGCGCGCAGGAAACAAAUGAUGAUCUUCUGCUGCUGUGUGAUUUUGGCCAUCGUCCUUGGUUCAUUUGUCUACAGCUUCAUUAAAUAGAAAUCCUGAAUGAUGCUAGCCACCAGCUGAAUCCACAUAGUAAAGGAUAUGAGAGAGAGCAGAACUGCUGUCUGAUGGUCCCAAAAUAGAGCCUUUGCUUGGUUUAUUGUCAUUUCAACUAACUGAAAGUAGAAAUAAAGGCUGCAAAUAUUUGUAUUCAUUCUCAGUUAUUUCUGAAUAUGUUCUGAUAAAUUUCUUUACCUUCUCAGGAUGAUCUGUUUCCAUUCAGUUUCAAUGCAGUGUCUGGAUAAUUAAAAUUAAAUCCAAAUGUAGCUUUGAACAAUAUCCACCCUCCUGUCCUGAAAGUUCUUAGAAGAGAUUUUAAUAUGACUCCAAAGCACUUAGAUUUUAAUUAAGCUGACUCAUACCGACUUAGAUCAGAUUUCAUGGACAGCUUCAUAACUCAAGGAAAGCCAAUAGUUCUAACAAUAACCUGAACAUGAUAGACUCAAAAAAUUAAAGAUGUAUUGUAGAGCUGUUCUGUUAUUGAAGAACAUGUCUCAUACACAAUAAGCAGUCCUUUCUAUAAUUUGUCCAAGAAGUCCCAUUUUUGGAAAUCUGUCUUUCUUCUUUGGCUCUGACCUCAGGCUGAACACUGUUGCAUGGUAAUAGGUGCAGUACUUGUUAGCUAAUAAUGGUGUUAAUGUGUAAGGCUUUUCAGGAGUUUUGAUUUUAGAUUUUUUUACAUAUGAUUGAUUUCUUCAUUUGUUGACCCCCCUAUGUAUCUCAGUGUCCCUGAAAGAAUGUCUUAAGUGACUUUUAAAAGAUUUUUAUUGCCCCAUGAACUACUAUCUCAAAUUAUUCAAAUACUUAACUUACUUAGCUCCAACGGAUGAUUACCACACUGCCCAUCAUCAUGAUGCAUAUCUAUCAAGUCAGUGUCCUAAGUAUAGAGACAGCUGCUUUUAUUCUUUUGUACAUUUGUCUGUUAUUUGUGUUUUGAUGUAGAAAUCAUACUACUGUGCCAAUAAUUACAGUAUGCUAUCGACUGCAUCAAAUGAUACAAUCAUGUUGUGGAUAAGCACCUGCUAUGAUUCCAUAAUGGGCUGUUAUUCAAAUUACUUCAUGAAGGAAGAAAGUCACUUUCAUUUUUAAAAAAGUUUUAAUGUUGAACUGAUAAAAAGAUCAUUCAUAAUAGAUGCUGUAUGACCCACGAAUAGAAGUAAAUUCUGAAGGUGUUGAAAUGGAAGUAAAUGCAGCCCUGCUUUAUUUGAUUACACUGACACUGCCUUGGGGGUGUUUUACUGCUUCAGGUCUUUGUUGUUUGUGUAUUUAUUGUAAAGAGUGCUUUCAUUUUGAUAUGUGUAUGUGUGUUCCCCCCCUUCUUUUUUUUUAAAGGACCACAACUGUAUUUUAAAAGAGACUGUUCUUGUUUUAUGCCAUCUAGUUGGUCUAUGACCUUUGCAUCUUAUCAUUUUGCUCAAGAUUCAGAAAUACACAUUGCAGGUGUGGACUAACACUGCACUGCAGUCCAUUCUCUCUCGUGUCAGCCUACUCUUAAUCCAUAUUUGGAUUUUGUCUUUUGCAAUUUUAUCCUCCCUGACACUAAACUUGGUCACUGAGGGUUAUUUUGGAAGUAAUACAAGCAGUGGCGUUUUUUUCAUACUCAUCCAAUACCAUUGGAAACUGAAAAAAUAACAAAUUGAUACCAGACUCUUUUAUUCAGGAAUCGAGCAACCACUACUUAUCCUACUACAACGUCUUAAUUGAAUGGAUAAAAUGUGUGUCCCAGCAACAAGAUAACGUGACUUCUAGGCACGUAACAUUUCCAAACCGAGUUGUUCCCUUUGCGUGUUUUUUGACUUGGAUGAGGAAAACCUGGGCCACAUGACAGAUGGACAACCCCACUUUCAUGGCCAGGUUUCCAGAAAUCUAAAUGUAGAUUUAAAAAAAUCGUAAUAACCUUAUUAGUUAAUUCUUUUAAAUUAACAUGUUAUUAGUUCAUUCAUUUUCCCUAAAAAUAAAUACAAUUGUGGCUCUGAAUUUUCUCAUUUCGGCAAUCCGCACUCGCCAUUCUUUUCAUCUUUAUUAUUAGUGUGACACGAUGAGACGUAGCGUGAUUCUGUGUUUCCUUCCUGUCCUGCUUAG